AUGGAGGAUGUUUGUGAGAAAUCGGGCGAAACAUCCUCCUCCAGGGAAGAGUUUAGGGUGGCUAGUAAACUUACAGAAUACCAAAAGAAAGCCUUACAUGAUCUGAAAAGCCUUAUCCAAAAUGGCCCCGGAAAUGAUCAGGUUUCCUCCUUUGAAGGGUAUCAUGCUACAAUCUGGGGAGUUCCUCUUCUUGGUGAUAAUAGAAGUGAUACUAUCAUUCUAAAGUUCUUGAAAGCGAAGAAUUUUGAGGUUUUUGAUGCAUAUGCUAUGAUCAGGAACACUCUUCUCUGGCGCAAUGAAGUGGGCAUUGAAUUACUCUUACAAGAUGACGUUGGAAUUCACGAUAACAAGAGUGUAAUGUUCACUCAUGGUUAUGACAAAGAAGGGUACCCUGUAUGGUACUUGGUUUUGGAGGAUGUCUUGAUCAAUAAUCGUAGCCAGAUUACAUUGUACGAUGUCCAAGAAGGGCGGAAUUUUUUUCGCUGGCUGAUCAAGUUCACAGAGAAGAAUAUCAGGAAGAUUGUUUGUAGCACAAGAGGUGAUGAUUCUAUUUUGUUAGUCAUUGAUCUUAAAAGCUUAACAAGGUAUGGCAACAGAGACCUGUACAAGGUCAUUUACAAGUAUCUCCAAAUGCUGAGCGAUUAUUAUCCAGAAUUUGUGGCAAAACAGUUGUGGAUCAAUGUUGCUUGGUGGUAUCGGAAUUAUUGCCGGAUUUAUUCGAUGGUGUUUGAUGUAUGGAGCACGAACCAAUUAGUAUUUUCAGGUCAAACAAAAACCAUCGAGACCCUUUUCACAUACAUAUCUCCUGCACAAGUGCCAGUGAAAUAUGGCGGUCUAAGCAGAGAUAACGAACAAGAUUUUCACCAAUCUAGCAGUAAUGAUGUUAGUCCUAAUGUUACCAUCAGUCCUUCUGGCACACAGAGACUCGAGUUCCAUUUCACAAAGCCCUGUAAUGUACUCUGGGAUCUUAGGAUGAUAAGCUGGGAUGCUAUAUAUGAAGCGAAGUUUGAACCUGACUCUAAGGAAAGUUACAUAACAGCUAUAUCAAGGCCAAGGAAGCUUACAGCGAAUGAUGAACCUGUAAUUUCUGAGGGUUUCAGUGCAGAUGAGCCUGGAAAACUGGUACUUACCAUUCGUAAUACAAGUUCAAAGAAGAAGAAGCUGCUUACUAGAGUUCGAGUUGUGUCAUCUGACCUGAAUACAGAGCCAGAAGCUUCUCUUCGCGGUUGGUUAGUUCAGUCAGAUGAUGAAAGUAGUAUGAUUUGUUGA